AUGGCAUCCGAACUGCAUCAAAGGCAAGGCCACGCCAAACCCGAGACCGAGGUCGAGUCGGAAAGCGAAAACAGAAAAGAUGAGCUAGUUUUGGAAAAACUUGGAUAUAAGCCGGUCCUGCACAGGUCCCUCAACGCCUUUCAGAACUUUGCGACGAGCUUUGGUACGUCCACCCCCUCGCCCUCUCCCCUGCUCAAUAUUCUCGUCAGUAGAACGACUGGGGGACUGACUAUCUUUGGGAUUCAAGCUGCUCUGUACUUUAUCGGCGGCGUUCGCGUAACGUUUUCCACCGGUAUCGCCGCUGGUGGCAACUUGGCGUACUGGAAAAAAAAAAGGACGAGCUUCAUCGUGACGUGCGUUUUUACAUUCAUCACAGCAGCCGUCAUUGCUGAAAUAUGCUCGUCUCUUCCCCUUGCUGGCUCCAUCUACCUCUGGGCCGCCGAAGCGGGCGGCCCUCGAUAUGGACGCCUCUUUGGCUACGUCGUUGCGUGGUGGAGUACAAUGGCGUGGACGACGUUUUGCGCCAGCAAUACACAGGCUGCUGUCAACUACAUGCUGUCGGAAAUUACGGUAUUCAACCUCGACUUUCCGUCAGACAGCUCCAGUAUCAAGUUCCGCGCCGUGCAGUGGAUUGCCACUGAAGUCAUGCUCGCGCUGGCCGCCAUAUGGAACCUCUUACCCCCGAGAUACUUCAAGUGGAUUUUCUACUUGUCCACCGGAACCGUCCUGCUCGACUUUGUCCUGAACUUGGUCUGGCUACCCAUCGCGACCAGCAGAACCUACGGGUUCCGCUCCGCACACGACGCAUUCCUGACGACGUACAAUGGGACCGGGGCGCCAGCCGGCUGGAACUGGUGUCUAUCGUACCUUGCUACCGCCGGGAUCUUGAUCGGAUUUGAUGCAUCUGGACAUGUGGCCGAGGAGACGAAAAACGCAAGCCUGUCGGCGGCAAGAGGGAUAUUCUGGAGCACCGUUGCCAGUGGCCUGGGCGGAUUCGUAGUGGUGAUUCUAUUUUUAUUCUGCGUUCCUGAUGCCAAUACGCUCUUCUCGUUUGGUGGUGCUCAACCAUUCGUUCCCCUCUACGCUGCUAUUCUCGGAGAAGGCGGACACAUAUUUAUGAACAUUAUAUGCGUCGUUGCCCUCUGGUUUAACACGGCCAUUGCAGUUCUCGCUGCGUCGCGAUUGGUAUUUGCCGUCGCCCGAGAUGGCGUUCUGCCCUUUUCUCCAUGGGUGUCCAAGAUGGUCAACGGCCAACCGCGGAACUCUGUCCUAGUCGUCUGGGCGGUUGCCUCCAUCGUCACCUGCACAAUUCUGCCCUCGGCCGUCGCCUUCACCUCCCUGGUGUCGGCGGCCGGCGUGCCUUCUGCGGCCGCGUAUGGGCUCAUCAGCCUCGGUCGCCUCUUCCUGACGCCCAAACGGUUCCCCAAGCCCGCAUGGAGUCUCGGUCGCCUGAGCAAGCCCUUUCAGGCCAUCUCGGUCUUGUGGAAUGGCUGGGUCGUGGCCGUCUUGUACUCGCCGUAUGUCUUCCCCGUCACGGCCGAGACGCUCAACUAUGCGCCCGUCAUCAUGGCCAUUGUCACCAUCUUUGCGGUUCUGUCAUGGUGGUUUGUCCCAGCCGACAAGUGGCUUCCGAGCAAACGAAUACAAGAGACACUGGACGCAGGAGAAACAAGCACGACAUGA